AUGUACUUCUCCAACUUCAUCGUCACCCUGGCCUCGAUGGCCUCGAUGGCUUCUGCCAUCCCCGCCCCUGAUGCCGUCCUCGACACCACCUCCAGCAUCUCCCCCAGCGACUUCACCAUCCGCUCCGACUCGGCCUCCACCCUCGAGGCCCGCACCAGCUUCUCCUGCCCCGGCGCCAUGUCCUACUGCCCCUGGACAAAGGCCUGCUCAUGCCCUCCCGGCCAGUCCUGGGACGGCAGAGCCAAGCAGUGCGCCGGCAAGAAGGCUACCGGCUGCUACCCCAAGCCCACCACCGGCGCCUACGUCGACGCUGGUGUUGAUGUCAAGCUCGGCACUUACUGCGCUGCUUCUCCUUACAAGAUCGUCAAGUACAACACCAAGCACGCCUACUGCCAGGCCAGCCUCCAGAACACCGUCUUCGUCGCCCCUCUCGCCAUCGACGCCGAGAUCGGUCUCUACGCCGGCAAGGCCAUCAACGUCAAGGGCCAAAUCAGCGCCCACCUCAAGACCACCUGCGGAGGUCUCGCCGGUCUCUACCUCGAGAGCUCCGUCGACGCCGUCGCCCUCUUCAACACCAAGCAGUACGGAUACGCUGUCCGUCCCGGUAGCGUCACCGGCGGUCUCUCCUACGCCGUUGUCGACUUCGUCAAGAGCAUCACCUGCAUGCUCGGCCUCGGAAACUGCCAGGUCUACGACUGUGUCUCCUACUGCUCCAAGGGCUGCAAGAACUACAUCGACGUCCGCGGCAGCAUCGGUGGCUACGUCAAUGGCCUUGCUGGUUUCUGCGUCGCCAAGGACACCGUCCUCUUCAUCAACAAGGUUGGCGCCUGUGCCUCUGUCAAGAUCUCCGGUCUUAUCAAGAUCGUUGGCAGCAUCCACGUCAGCCUCAAGGGACUCUUCAACUGCGGCUGCUAA